CUCGUCGUCGUCGCCGUAGCAGGCUGGCUAGGGCCCUUCUUCAUCAGACAGAAGCUACGCUUGUCAGAAUACUCAAACCCAUCUGCAGCAGUGACGGGCAUGGCCUCCCAAGCUCUCAAGUUCCUUACCGUCGCCCCGCGCGUCAAACACUCUGCCACCGUUAUCUUCGUGCAUGGAUUAGGCGACACAGGUGCCGGUUGGCAGCCCGUCGCAGAGAUGCUCGCGCGGGACCCGCAGCUACAGCACGUCAAAUGGGUCUUGCCACACGCUCCCAUACAACCCGUCACCGCGAACGGCGGAAUGCGCAUGCCCUCCUGGUUCGACAUCUAUGAGUUUGGAAGCAUCAACGCCCGCGAGGACGAGACGGGCAUGCUACAGACUGUACACUCGCUUAACCAGCUCAUCACCGCCGAGGUCGACGCCGGCGUCCCCGCCAACCGGAUCGUGCUCGGAGGCUUCUCCCAGGGCGCGGGCAUGACGCUGCUCACCGGCCUCACUAAUGAGAGGCGGUUGGCCGGACUUGCUGUCCUCAGUGGGUGGUUGCCGCUCCGUAACAAGGUCAAGGCGAUGUUGUCUGACCAUGCGAAGAAGCUCCCCGUGUUCUGGGGACAUGGUGAGGACGACCCAAUUGUGGGGUUUGAUAAGGCGACUAUGUCGCUCCAGUUUCUGCAGCAGAUCGGCAUCCCCAAGGUCGAGCCUGAGAAGGUUCUCGAGGGCGGUAUCGAAUUCCACGCAUACCCCGACCUCGGACAUUCUGCCGAUCCGCAGGAGAUAGCGGAGCUGCAGACGUUCCUGCAGAAGGUCAUUCCUCCAAGCAACGAAUAGGCUGCAUGUGCGCAUGGGGUCUCUCGCAGAGAUCUGCGAGGGUUGGACGGAUGUAAG